UGUCACCAGUUUUUGUGGAUUACCCCAGAUAUCCUCAUCAUCAGCAGAGUGAAAACGCACUCCGCUCCCUUCACCUCCUUCACUCACGGCGUUCCACCUGUCAGCCGGGACCUCUGACAACACCUCUGAAACUUUUUCUCUUUUUCCAAGGAACUCACGGGGAAGCGUUUUUUUUUUUCUUCUUCUUCUUUUUUCUUUUUGGAGGGAGAAGUUUCUUUUAAUCUCUCAACUGUAAUUCCGGGUGCAAAACUUUUUUGAUUUAUUCAGAGAAAAAGGAUGGCGCCGACUUCACUACUCUCCGUUUUUCUUGUUCUGGCACCUUUUUUGCUCCAGACGCUCUCGGUGCGUGCGUCCUCGGGCUGCGCGUCCUGCGCAAUGACGGGUUUGGACAAAGACGCAGAAGAAAGGCUGAUGAUUGAAUUUGCUAAGCAGCAGCUUUUGGACAAACUGCACCUGAAAGAGAAGCCAAACAUCACUCAAACGGUGCCGCGAGCGGCUCUCCUCACUGCGCUGCGCAAACUGCACUCGGGGCGCGUAAGACAGGAUGGCACUCUUGAACUAGAAAACAAAAUCCCGACCAAAGACCAAGGCUAUGAAAUAGUGAGCUUUGCAGAUAUAAAUGAGACAGAGACUGGCGAUGAGGCCAGCCUUAGCCUUACCUUCCAGUUUCUGCAGGAACGAGGCCAGAGUAUCCAGGUCCUCCAGUCCUCCCUGUGGAUCUACGCUCGCUCCUCGGAGAACCCGUACCGCGACUCUCGCCUCCACGCCCGGGUCUUCCUCUCCGCGCAGGGCGGGACUUCGGCCUCCAAUCGCACCUUGGUGAUGGAGAAGAUGCUGGAGGUCCAGGAGAGUAACUGGCACACCUUCCCCAUCACCCGCACCCUGCAGGCCUUCCUGGACGGGGGCCAGCACCGGCUCCGUCUGGAGGUCAGCUGUGAAGAAGACGGGAAGAACCUGUGCUCCCUGGGCGGCCCCGCCGACUCCACCUACCAGCCCUUCAUGGUGGCCCAGGUGCGUCUCCGGGAGAACCACGCCAAGCACUCGAUCAGGAAGCGCUCGCUGCGCUGCGGCGACCACGUGACGGUGUGCUGCAAGAAAGACUUCUACAUCAAGUUCAAGGACAUCCAGUGGGACGAGUGGAUCAUCGCGCCCGAGGGCUACCACAUGAACUACUGCAUGGGCCAGUGCCCCCAGCACCUGUCCGGGUCUCCUGGUAUCGCGUCCUCGUUCCACGCCACGGUCUUCAGCCAGCUCAAAGUCAACGGCAUCAACACAGCCACGACGUCAUGCUGCAUCCCCACCGAGCGCCGGCCCCUGUCCAUGGUCUACUUCAACUCUCAGCACAGCAUCGUCAAAACCGACGUGCCGGACAUGAUAGUGGAGUCCUGUGGGUGCACAUAAAGGACAGAGUGAAAGACUGUUUUGUGUUAAAUCCACCCAGAACACACAUGAACAUUGAGGGGUAUGUUAACUUUUGAGAUAUCAUAGGCCACACACUGAGAAAUGUUCAUUACAUCAAAGGCAAUGUGAAAUUGUCUUGUUUAAUUCUGGUGAAAUAUUUACAAAGACUGAUGUGGUAUCAAAUUAUCUACAUUUUACAGUUAGCAGCUUUAAAGAAAUAAGAGUUUGUUACUCUCAGAUGCAAAGGUUGCAGUCAAGUUUGCUUUAUCUAGAAUUACAACAAUUAAACCAACUAUAUUUGUACAGUUAUUUAAAAAAAAGUUUCAAACAAUCAGAUACACAGUUAUAGUUCUCAGAAAGAGGAUGGAAAGAAGAGCAGAAUAAUUCCUAAAUCACAAAUUCAACACAGUAGAGAAAGUUGAUUUACACAGGUGAUAUGUACAUCCAGCCAGUGCUGAUUAGGUUAAAAGACAUUAAUGUACAUGUAGUUUAUUAAAGCUGCUGGGAGUCAGCCAAAUUCUCAUGUUAUGUCUUUUACAAAUUGUUAGUUUCCAACUCUUUCCAAGCUUUGCUUCAUGUUGCAGAUACAGAAUCUGAGUCAGAUGCAUGUGUGAUUGCAUUUCCAUGAUUUUGUGGGACUUCUCUUAGUCUAUUUAAAUGCUGCAGUUUUAAAGCAGGGCUUUCAAAAUGAGGAAGAAACCCCUAGAUUUAAGUGUGCCUUCUUCUUUAACUUGACAAGUGCAACUUUAGUACAUGCGGUGGAAAAUACGAUCAGGGUGUCGGUGAAAUGGUAAUGUUUCCAGUUGAAACGUGUUGCCUGUUGGCUAACAGAGCUCUUGUGUGAUGUGGACAUGUGACUGCCCACAUCGGACUGUUGAUUUGAACUUUUCCUUCAAAUCCAACAAGCAAUGUCACAUUUCCACUUUGUUCUCACUAUAGCACAGAAAAACAAACAGCGAACCGAAAUGGAUCGAGCCGGUAGAGUCCGCCCCGGCGUCUGCGAGCGUUAUGCAGCCCACAGCUCAUAUCUCGGCUGCACGCAGCUGAGAUAUGUUUAAUCAGCAUCUCCACUGUAAAUUUACACAGGUCAGCUGAUCGAUCGGGCAGCUGUGGCUCUGACAGCAUAUGAACCCAGGGUCACUUUUCAGCAGCGUGAUCAAACGUUCAGCUAUUGCAUCAGUCGUGGGUGAUGUGAAGGUCUGUGGGGCUGGUGGGUCAGCAAGCAUGUGCUGUUGCACGUUGGCAUUUAUAGCUCCCAAAGUCUAAAGUUCUCUGGGUUGAUGGUAAAUUAGGAACUCCCCUGCUCCCGAGGUUGCCAAAAUUGGAUUGGUAAAUAAAAUCAUAAGACACUUUUUUCUUUGAGGCUUGAGUGUGUGGGUGUGUGUGUGUCACUAUUUGCACUCUCUUAUAAAUAUUGGACAAUCAAAAAAAAAAAAAAAAAAAGAACGGGUGUUUGCAGCUUUUCUUCGAUGCAAUCUGGGAAAAUAGGUCGGAAACUCUCGUCCGAGUUUUUUUUCUCAUCUACGCCGAUCACCAAGAUGUUGCUGAAUAUGUUAUGAAACAGUUUUCAUUCUUCUCUGUUGUCUCUAAAAGCUGCACCUGCAUUGACACGAGCUGUUUAAAACCAUUCAUCUUCUGUAUCCGCCUUAUUCAAGCCAGGGGAGAUCAAACCAAUCCAGGAUCAAGGAGAACAAGUGAACAAGUCCUCAAUAAAAGUCCCGGAGAAUCUAAAACCAGCUCGUUUUGCCUCAAGGCCCCAGUGCUAACCACCGCGCCGCCCCGGUGUACAGCAGUUUGUUUAUUGUAUGUAUUAUUGUGUAAUUUCUUUUGAAAGCACUUCCUGUCUUAGCUGUGACUGCGACAUUGAGGUGCCAUUUUACUAAGCACUUUAUCGCCCUACUGUAUUUUAAGGAAAGCUUUGCUUAAUGGGUCUACUGUACUUCUAACUCAGGUGAGCACGAACUACAUUGUAAUGAAAAAAACCAAAAAAAAAAAAAAAAGAAAAGACGGCCUACAGAAA